AUGGCCGACGAUUUGUUAGUCUCAAAUUUAUUCUCUGUCAAGGACAAGAUAGCAUUAAUUACUGGUGGUGGCACAGGAAUUGGUAAAAUGAUUGCCAAAGCUUUCGUGAAGAAUGGUGCUAUAGUUUAUAUUGCUUCAAGAAACAAAUCAAAUCUUGAUCAAGUUGCAAAAGAAUUAACAGAAAUGGGACCAGGAAAAUGUUUCAGUAUUGAAGCAGAUUUAAAUUCAAAAGCUGCUUGCGAAAAGUUAGCAACUGAUUUUAAAAAUUUAGGAAAUGAUAAACUCGAUAUUUUGGUGAAUAAUUCUGGCGUAGGGUUUAAAUCUACCUUGACCGAAUAUUCUGAAGAGGAUUGGGAUGCGAUCUAUACUCUAAAUGUUAAAUGUGUCUUUUACUUAACAAUUGCUUGUUUGCCAUUGCUCGAGAAAGCCAGUAAAAAGCCAAUUGAUCCUUCAAGGGUUAUCAUAAUUGGGAGUAUUCUUGGUAUUGGUGAGGGAGAACUCAAGCUAGUACAAUCUCUUAAAUUUUCAUCUAUACCUUAUAAUACAUCCAAGUCUGCCGUACAUAGCGUUUCAAAGAAUUUAGCAGUUCACCUUACUCCACGAGGGAUAAACGUUAAUGCACUUAUUCCCGGAAUGGUCCCUAUAAAUGAUAGAUCAGAUGAACUUAAUAAAAUAGCCCUUAGUGAAGUUCCCCAAGGACGUCUUGGAGGUGAAUCGGAUAUGGCAGGAGCAGCAUUAUACUUAGCUUCGCGUGCUGGUAGUUGGGUAACUGGUGUUGAAAUUGUAGUUGAUGGUGGAUGUCUUUUGCGCUAUAAAUUAUCAGAAUAA